CGCCAUCAUUGUCACUUGAAGAGGGUCGGAGAAGAGGGGGGGACGACGACGACGACCGGGGACAAAGCAAGGAACACAAUCCAUCACACUCUCGCCACAGUCAGCCCUCUGAGAACGAACCGAACGACCCCACCACACAUCUCAAUAAACGCUUUCCAGGCGCUCUGUUUGUUUUGCACCCUUUGGAACGACUCACUGGAAGUCCCAGGACCUGCAUGUGUGAUCACUAGUAGCGAUGACUCCAAACACAAUACCUGUACAUAUACAGAGCAACAGUAGCCUGCGACAAGCCAAUCCUCCUACUCCAACGUCCGCGCCCACCGGUAUUGUUGUUCACACCCCCAACGCUGCUGUCGUUGUCACGCCCGGGGCGAACUUCCAGGGGGGAAAUGGAACACCCGCACGAGUGUCUAACGCAACCACAUCUCAAUCGUCGCCUGCAGCCCCUGCAAACGGAGCAACGACAAAGGCAGGCCAUCCCGUGCCCGCUACGCGUCACGGCUCCCUGUAUCCCACAAUGGGCCGCAGCAAAAGCGGGGCAAUGGUCGAGGCCUUGGUCGCUUCAGCAGCUCCUCAACCGUACAACAUUGGUCCGAACGCCGCCCGUAUCCUUGCUCUCCACCUCGGCGACGAGAGACCUGGUGAUCGUUUGAGAGGUGAAAGCUUACAGGCCCAGAAAAAUAGACUUUGGAGCGAACUUCUCAAAGAUCCCACAUAUCCGCAAUUUUAUGAGCUUGCUUGGUCGCCGAAUGACUUUGUGAGACAAGUCAAGCUCGUGCGGGCCCUAGAGCUGCUUGAGUUCGCCAACGCUCACCGGGAUCCCCAACAUGAUCCCCCUUUCAUGAGUCGACGGGAAUGUUUGACACAAAUGUUGAAGUUGUUUGAAAAAGAUGUGGUUCCUGGGGAUAUGGCUCGGACCGCUGCCUUCAACGUUGUUUUGGUCGAUAUAAUGCUGCAGGUAAGAACCAAUCUAAGUAGUUCGCGUCCCUGCAUUUGUCCCAAGUUAGCAAUCCUUUCCCAACAGAGCUUCAUUGCAUUUGUCUCGUCGAACGGCCGCAUAUGGGACUCAGAGGAUGUCGAACGUGAGCAUAUUCGCCUGUUCAAAACGCCCGAACGAUACCCAAAUGUCAACGAGACGGCGUUGGAGCUUAGGAAGCAAAGCGAAACCGCCUUUAUACUCAAACACAACCUCGAAUCAUUGCUGGAGGCACGCCCCUGGUCAGACUGUUACCUCAAUAUCACCAACUUUUUCAGAGCCCUGGCAAUAAGGCUCGCCAAGGACGGCGAUGAUAUUCCGUACAUGGCAGCCAGUGCGGCAGGAAUUUCGGCGUCGCCCAAUCAGAAAGUGAGCACGACAGGAGCCAACGGUGAUAGUCAAGAUGGUGGAGAUGAGGGCAUUUUCUCUUACAAUGCUUCCCCGACUCUGCUUGGCGAACUGAUGAACGAGUUGGAAGCCCGGGAAGCUGUCGUAGAAGACGGGCAAGGGGAUCCCUCUUUGGGAGCUGUUGACGAAGUCGAGCAGCCGUCACAGGAAUCAGUGAGCCAGAACACCCCAAAGGCAAAGACUACGCGCGCGUCUCGUCCUCGGAAAAGCGAUGUUGGUGCUGCUCCCACGACGACGAGUUCCGGUGCGAAAAAGAAGAAAGUUACUCGCCGGGCAACGAGCACAGCUGCUGAUGUCAUUCACGGCCUCGACGUUGCCCAAGACAAUUUACGACGUGACGUUCCAGAUCCCAUCGAUCGCAUAUACAACGAAGUCGAUGCGGAAUUCCCUAAGGAGGUGCCGCCGAAACGGACACGUACGCGAAAAUCCACAUCUGCGAAAAAAGGUCAAGGGGAAGAUGUAUCUCUUGAAAAUGGUGAACAGGUCAGCACUCCCGCAAAUGGCCGAGGACGGAAACGAAAGGCGAGGGCCAGUGAAGGGUUAUCGCAAGACAACGCCGAAGAUGGUGAAGGAAGCGACGUGAAGCGGCAGAAGAUCGACUCUGCGAGGCAGCGACGAGCGGAGCGCAUCAAACGCAAAGCCGAGGAGGAGCGUGACAAGCUACCAAUUGGAGUUGCCCCUGACAAUCUUCACAUCGUCAAUAGCAUUCGUCGAAGCCGCGGGCUCAGCUUCGACCCGAACAACGCCGGUGCAGCUCAGGACGCCUCGUCUCCCAUUUCUCCAGCGACUCCAUCGGCCAGCGCGGUCCCUGCGAACCAAGCGCAACGGCGGGCGAAAGGUCAGCUGGAAAUCACGGGGGGUAAGCUCACGGAGCCCAGAGGUUCUGGAUCAAAGGAAAACACCCCGGUGCUCGGCCAAGAUGCUGAUGUCCACGACGAAAACGCAGGGACUGACUUACAUGUACAACAACCAGCUGUCGACGUGAAGCCUGCGCCAGGCACACCUCAACAACGUAAACGACGACGAUGGAGUGCAGAAGACGAGGCGGAGUUGGAACGGGGGUUGUUGAAGUUCAAGCAUGCUCCGAGACGCUGGCGCCUCAUACUUGACGAGGGCAAAGCGCGAGGUUGCUUUCUUGGGCGGAAUAAUGUAGAUCUGAAAGACAAAGCUCGGCAGAUGAAGGAGGCUCGUGCAAAGAGUGGAAUUGGGUUGGGUGGGUUCGAGUUUGCGGUGGAUCGUGGCACGCCCGGCAACAUGUGAAACGUUCGUUUUGAAAUGUUCGCUUCGGAGUGUAUUUGCAAGCGGUUUGUAAAUUUUUGAUACCUGUGUCACAUAUACACAAUAUAAACACAUCGCAAUAGCUUCUC